UGCAUCUCGCAGGCGCUGGAGAACGCGGCCCCUUGGCUGGUCCUGGCGGGCUCGGGCGGCCUGGCGGACGUCCUCGCCGCCCUGAUGAACCAGCCGCACCUCAUCGUGCCCCAAGUGAUGGAGAAGCAGCUGCAGGACAGGUUCCCCAGCGAGCUCUUCUCCCGGGACGACGUCCUGCACUGGACGGAGCUGCUCCAGGCCGUCGCUGCCCAGCAGCACCUUCUGACCGUGCACGACUUUGAGCAGGACGGCUCCGAGGAGCUGGACACCAUCAUCCUGAAAGCCUUGGUGAAAGCCUGCAAGAGCCACAGCCAGGAGGCCCAGGAGUACCUGGACGAGCUGAAGCUGGCCGUGGCCUGGAACCGCGUGGACAUCGCCAAGAGUGAAAUAUUCAGCGGCGACGUGGAGUGGAAGUCGGGCGACCUGGAGGAGGUGAUGAUGGACGCGCUGGUCAACGACAAGCCGGAGUUUGUGCGCCUCUUCGUGGACAACGGCGCCAGCGUGCCCGACUUCCUGACGUUGGGGCGGCUGCAGGAGCUGUACCGGGCCGUGCCGCCCAAGAGCCUGCUCUUCCACCUGCUCCUGGCCAAGCACGAGGAGAGCCGGCCCACGCUGGCGGGGCUGGGGGCCGGCCAGCUGGGCCAGGAGGCGCCGGGGGGGCCCCCCGCCUUCUCCCUCCACGACGUGGCCCGCGUGCUCAAGGACUUCCUCCACGACGCCUGCCGAGGCUUCUACCAAGACGGCAAGCUGGUGGGCCGGAGGAGGAGAGCCGACAAAGGGACCAGCAAGCGCCUCGGCGGCCCCAAGUGGAACCUGGACUUGACCCGGAGGAGCCCAGCCCCCUGGAGGGACCUGUUCCUGUGGGCCGUGCUUCAGAACCGGCACGAGAUGGCCAACUACUUCUGGGCCAUGGGGCAGGAGGGGGUCGCCGCCGCCCUGGCCGCGUGCAAGAUCCUCAAAGAAAUGGCUCGCCUGGAGACGGAGGCCGAGGCAGCCCGGAGCAUGAAGGAGGCGAACUACGAGCGUCUGGCUCUGGAGCUCUUCAGCGAGUGCUACAACAACAGCGAGGACAGGGCCUUCGCCCUGCUGGUGAGGAGGAACCGGGACUGGAGCAAGACCACCUGCCUCCACUUGGCCACUGAGGCCGACACCAAGGCCUUCUUCGCCCACGAUGGAGUCCAGGCCUUUCUGACCAAAAUCUGGUGGGGAGACAUGGCCACCGGCACCCCGAUCCUGAGGCUCAUCUGCGCCUUCUGCUGCCCCGUCCUCAUCUACACCAACCUCAUUGCCUUCAG